GCAGUCGACAUCUACUCGUCCAACCGCCUCAACACUUGGCGCCUGACGACCUGGAUCUGUUGGAUCUUCUACCUCACGUUCCUCUGGAUCUUCUCAUGGCCAAUCCUCUUCUUCAUUACAAAGCGGUAUCAAGUCGUCAGUGCCGAAUGGCCAUUCUCUCUAACUGAUGCAAACGGCCAGAAGCGCUAUACAACUGUUAGUGAGCAGCAAUGGGUGGACUUGUAUGGGCCCGCCAUCAAGCAGCUUUGUCUGGACCGAUAUGAGGGCUUGGCAGGCGAUGCAUUCUUGAAUCAGGUUCUAGAGAGGGGAGAUGCGAACACGAGAAACGAGGGUGUUGAUACCAGAGCUGCUAUGGGAGUCGCCGCAGCCGCCUUCCAGGGCGGACGAUUCAACGCUGUCAGCGGUGCGAGGAGUCUGAUGCGUAUUGCUGGGGCAUCAAGUGACCAGAUCGGUUGGGGCUUUGAUACGUGA